UUACUCUGCUUACUGCUCCACUUCACCACGUCUGCUCAUGACACUGCCCUGCUGAGCUGAGCUGACCAUCCGCCGAACAAGCUGCCAUCUGCCUAGUAAGCUUGCCUACUUUUACUCCCAACCACCUGCACCCACUCGUCGUCAUCCUGCAGCCCGCAAUUUCCUCCACUUCACCCUGACGCCAUCCUUCUUCAAUUCUUCCAUCCAUCCUCCACUCUGCUACUCUCUAUUCCUACUACUCCAACCACCACAACCACAACCACCAUCGCUCGACUGGACCGCCUCCUCAACACCGCCAUGUCCGUCUCGGUACGAGAACGCGAGCGUGAGCGCGACUGGGACUCUCGCUCCAGUCGCAACGACGGCGCUCGUUCCUACACCACCGUCCGUCGAUACAAGGUUCCCGACACAGACUACGACGACGAUCGCUUCGUCGAGGAGACUCGCAUCGUGCGCAAGUCCACCCACACCGACGAUGACAACAUCAACCUCAACAUCAACAAUAACAACUACGAUGCCCAGUCCGCCAGACACUCGCACACCACACACACAACCCGCCACUCGGAGCCGCGAGCCCGCUCUGUGCGCGAGUAUGAAGUCGUUGAUCGCGAGAUUGAGUUUGAGCGUGAGGUCGUGCCUGCUCCCACUCUUCCGCGCGACUCUACCACUACCCGCGAGAUCCGCGAGUACCGCUACGUCGACCGCGACCGCUCUCCGUCGCCUCCGCGCCGCGAAAUCCGUGAGUACCGCUUCGAGCGAGACGUCGAGCGCUCGGAUUCGCCGGAGAGGGAGUACAGAGUGACUCGCACCCUCGAACGCGACGAUCCAGAGACGCCCUAUGAGCUCCAGCGCUACUCCAAGUCGACCGAGUACUUUGCCAACCCACCACCUCCCCCGCAGCCCAUCGUCAUCCGGAACGAGGCUCCCCAGCCAAUCAUCAUCCAGGAAGAGCGACGCCAGCCGCAGCAGAUUGUCAUCAAGAGAGAAGAGCCCCAGUACGAGAUCAUCGAGCGUGAAGAGGUCAGGGACGAUCGCCAGCUGGAGCGCCGUGAGCCGCGCCAGGACGAGGACUAUUACUACGAGCGCAGGAUCCGAGAGACGAGCAGAGGGCCCCGGGAUCGAGACAACUACUACGAAGAGCGAGAGUACGACAGCCGUCGUCGCGACGAGGACCGCUUCAGCGACGACGACAUGGUCUACAUCCGAAAGGACAGAUGGGAGCGCGACGAGAGUCCUCACCACCGCCGUCAUCUCGCAGAGGGUGCUCUCGUCGGCCUUGGCGCCGCAGAACUCAUGCGACACCAUCGUCGCUCCCAGGGCGAGGAUCCUGGUCAUCACGCCCGACAGGCACUCGGAUAUACUGCUCUAGGCGCGGUCGGCGCUGAAGCCGUCAGUCGCUUCCGCAAAUCGCGCUCCCAUUCCCGCUCGCGAUCUGGCUCUCGUGGACGCCGUGACAAGAGUCGUCACCGCAAGCGUUCGCUCUCACGCGGCAAGAAGAUUGGUGCCGUGGCCGGUAUAGCCGCCGUUGGUGCCCUCGCAUACGCGGCAAGCCGACGGAACAAGAACAAGAAUGCUGCCGCCGCAGGGAGCCGGAGCAGAAGUCGCUCUCGCAGACGCCACUCUGUUGGCGGGGAGCGCUCCCGCAGCCGACACGAUCCCGAGCACAGAAACAGAAGAGUCGCCCAAGCCGGUCUUGCCACCGCUGCCGUUGCCGGGCUGGUCGAGCGCGCUCGAAGCAAGUCAAGAUCCCGCAAGGGCGAGAAGCCGAGAAGCCGCAGCCGCAUAAAGACUGGCGUGCCCAUCGCCGCUGCUGGCUUGGCCGGUGCCGCUGUCACUGGCCUCUACGAGCGACAGAAGGCGAAGAAGGAGGCUGGCGGAGGAGACGAAGAUGAAGGCGAGCGUGGCCGGUCGAGGUCGGUGUCGAGGUCGAGGACACACUCAAAGUCCAAGUCUAGGUCGAGAUCCAGGUCAGUGCGUGACGGUGACCGAGACCGGGACCGGGACCGGGAUCGCUCUCGCCGCAACUCGACUGGUGACCGUGGUCUUAUCGAGUACGGCGGCGACCCAAUAUACACGGCCGCAGACGGCCGUCGUGAGCGCGAUCAUGCAGACUACCGCGAGCGCCGUCGGGACAGAGGCCGCAGACGUGGCUCCGACGAUUCGGACGACAAGCCUCGCAGCCGGAGCCGGAGCCGCAGCAGAAAGCUCGCAGAGACGGCUGCCGUCGCGGGUGUUGCCGGUGUUGCAGCGCAUGAAGCCGCAAAGAGACGUGAGCGCAAGAAGGCUGAGAAAGAGCGGCAACGUACGUCGUCGUCCCAGUGACUUGUAGCUAAAAUACAUACACACGAAGACUAACAGAUCAUUAUAUAGGCCUGGCAGAAGAACGCGAGCGUGACUUUCCGUCGUCCGACGCAUUCAGUCCGCCUCCCUUUGUGCCCACUGGCCCAGCUU